AUGCCAUCUCGGCCAAAGCGCAUAGUCAUAGGCAUAACGGGUGCCACGGGAACUUGCUAUGCAAUCCGGCUGCUGGAAGUCCUCCAAAGCCUGGAAAUUGAAACGCACCUAAUUAUUAGCAAGUGGGCGAUUGCAACUCUGAAAUAUGAAACCAAGCUUCCCGAAGCGGAUAUUCGUAGACUUGCGUCUAUUAACUACUUAUCCAAGGACUUGUCUGCUCCAAUUGCGUCGGGCUCGUUCCAACACGAUGGGAUGAUCAUCGUUCCCUGCAGCAUGAAGACUCUGGCCGCGGUCCGCACUGGGCUCUGCGAUGAUCUCAUCUCACGAGCUGCAGAUGUCUCUUUGAAAGAACAUCGAAGGCUGAUCCUGGCCGUGCGUGAGACCCCGUUGAGUGAUAUCCAUCUGGAUAAUAUGCUUUUUCUACGCCGUGCUGGGGCAACCAUAUUUCCUCCAAUGCCUGCAUUCUAUACUCGGCCUAAUAGCCUGGAUGACUUGGUGGACCAAACUGUUGGCCGGAUUCUGGAUAUGUUAAGCAUUUCAACGACUGGAUUUUCAAGAUGGAAUGGCUUUGAACGAUCACUAAAAUAA